AUGUUUUCUCUUGCUCCCCAAAAGUCGCCAAUUUGUAAAUACAGUUUUGAUUCACUCAUUCACAGAGUCAUCAAAAGAGCAUUCGAGCUGGCCAUCGAGAAGAAACCUUCCAUUCUUUUCAUUGACGAAAUCGAGACUUUGCAUUUUCAUGGCAAUAACACAUUGUUGAAUGAUUGUAUAAGGAAUACUAUCUACACGCUUCAACAAGAAAUGGGCGUCGUCGAGCAGAAGUUCAAAGAUCCAUGGAAUAUCUCCCAAAGUAUUAUUACGCAAUUCCCAAAGCGUGUGUAUUGUAAACUUCCUAACAAAGCGGCUCGUUUGACGCUGCUAGAGAAGUUCUUUGAGCAAGUGAAUCAUGUUCUGAACGAGGAAGACUUCGAAUUCUUAGCGAAUUCCACCGAGGGAUUUACGUGUUUGGACAUCAAGAAAUUGGCAGAUAGUGCGGCGACGCUUCGCAUAGAAAUACUAUCGAAGUAUACUCAUUUCUAUUUGGGAAAAGACAAACUGUUUCAUGCAAGCAAUGCGUCUUGUAGUCAAGCGAUCGAGAUAAACAUAGGCGAACUGCCGCAAACAAUAAUCGCGGGUUUGGAGUUUACACGAGUAAACAAGAAACUGCAAAAUGAGUUGAGUCCUCUACCAUAUGCUUUAAGUUGGCUAAUGUCGUAA